GUUCGAGUUUAACCGCUGAAAUAAACCUACCAUAAUUCUCAUGCUAUUAAAGAGACCGAUCAUCAAAUUCUAAGCGGAUGGCUCAAAAUAAUCGGAAACAAGAUUUAAAGGAAUUCGCAAUGGAUACUCCUAAACGGGAAUCAACACUUCCGAGAUUUCGUAGGAGUGGGUGUGCUGCAACGAGUUUUUUCGAGUCGCCUUUAAGUAGUAUUAUUUCGAAGUCAUCGACACUUGGUAGGGCGGGAAAUCGUUCGUCUUCUACCGGUGAACAAAAAGAAACUGCAGCAGAAAAAUUGUACCCUAGAUUUGACAGUUUGCUGGAGCGUAAUUCUAAACGAGAUGGCAGGAAAUUACCAUCUCAAGAUAUUCCAGAUGUUCGGGCGACAGCUUUUGAUCACCAUCGGCAAUCACCCAGCCCUCAAAGACGUAACGUUAGCCCACCUAUUUUAAAAUCACGUUUAAUUAAUUCAAAUUUGCCUUCUGGAAAUUUAAAUUUACUCCACACAUCUACAUCAAUUGAGCAAAAAGAAAAGCCUGCAUCUGAUGGUGGAUAUCAGGAAUUUAAAGCUCUUCAUUCUAGAAUCAGAGAAGGACGGUCUUUGAAGAAUGUGAAGCAGUUGUCCUCUUCAUUAAGUACCUUAAAUACUUCUUUGCCUACUAAUGACUUCAGAUCAGCACCAUCGAAAAGGUUCAGCACUUUGCUCUCUUCCGAUACCUCCAUAAAGGACAAAACUAGGGAAAACAACCCUUCUCCGCUUUCCAAUAGAGAAUAUGGUAACUUUUUCAAGAAAGAAGAUCCUAAACCGGUUAUUUCAGAAUCAGCAAAAAAUCAAAAUGAUAGCCAUAGACUCCAUAAUUCUGGUAAACCUGAGAUUGGCUGUGACAGGAGCAAACAGAAUAAGUAUCUUCAAAAAUAUUUGAAUUGCUCUAGUGGAAAAAAAGGGAGUAGCAGUUUAGAACGAGAGAAAAUGGAGCAGAAUGUGCUGAACAACAGGAGAGAAUCAAGCAUUCCCAAAGACAAUUAUGCUUCAUACCGUUGGCAAUCCAAGGAUCCUGAAGAUUCACCAUUAUCACCAAUUCGAACUCUAUUUAGUCCAAUUAGCAGUAGCUCUUUUGAAUGUAAUGCCAAAUCAUCCCCAACAAACGAAAUAGGUUCAUUUAAGUCACCAAUAACUGAAGAAAAUAUCAAGGUGACAUCAAAAAAUAAAUCUUCAGUUGGAAAUAAUUUUAACAACAGACCAACUAGCCUUGAUAUUAGGAAAGGAGAAAAUUCAUCAAUACUCAUGAAGGAAAAACAGCUUUCAUCUCCUGAAAAAGCAAAUAUUCAGACCAAUAUUAGGCCAGCUAGUCUCAACCUUAAAAAAGGAGAAAUUGCUUCAGUGCUCACGAGGGAAAAACAACUUCCAUCUCCAGAGAAAAUAAAUUGCUUUUCUCCUCAAAACGAACAACCACUCUAUAAACGGAGCUUAUCAAAUGAAGAUUCCCCUAGCACAAAACGUGGUGAAGAUUUCAUUGAUAAAGAAAUUAUAUCAAGGCCAAUACUCGCUAGAGAUAAAAUUAGCUCUACAAGCACCAUAAAAAAAUCAUUACCAAUUGAACAGAGCAUGAAAAGUAAUAUUUUCAAUAAGCCAAAUUUUAAUUUGAUUAACUCUGGAAAUAAAAAUGUUGGGUUUUCAUCAGCAAUACCCAAUGAAAAACUGGAUAAGUCAGACAUAAAUACUAACGGAUAUAGCACUUCUCAAAAUUCUUCAUUUGAACAAAAGUCAGAGGAAUACCAUCAGGAAGAUUCACCAGUUAACACAGAAGAUUUUUGGAGUCAAUCGGAAAUACAGAAAAGUGAUUCACUAUCUAGAGAUUUAAACAAACAAAGCAUUUCCGGUCUUUUCUUACAUGCCAAUGAAAACAAAAGAGCUACUAAUGCACGUCCAUCAGAUCUUUUUCCUGAAAAAAGUAUUGCCAACAAAGGCAAUAUCGAUUUUUUGAAAGAGAAAGAUAAGACUAGUUUUGAAGAGACUCCAAUUGAUCCAAAGCCAAGUGUCCCUCUAUCAGAAAAACCAUAUGAGGCAAAUUUCAAUGAUCCCAAAACUUGUGGGAAUCUUCGAAACGAAAAGGAUUUAACCUCUAAAUUUGUAUUAGUUGAUAAAAAUAAUGAAAGGAACUUUGAAAUUUUACCUAUGGAAAGAAGAGAAAGAAAAAUUAGUUUCCAGAGAUUGGAAGACAGACCUGAUAUGAUAAUUGAAGAAAAUAUAUCGAAAGACAAUGAAAGUGAUAUUGAGCAAGAUUUUGACACUAGCCGUGCCAUUGUGUUUUCGGGUCCCAUGAACAGACGCACUAUUCCAAACAAUCGUGAUAUGAUUGGAUUUGAAGAUAUGCUAAAUUUUGCUCAGAAUUCUACAGAAAUGCGAGCUACCGGUACAAAAAUGAGCUUUGAAAAAUCGGAAAAAUCAACAAUGGAAGCAUUUGCAGCUGAAUUCCAGCAAGAAAAAAAAUCUGCAGAAUUCCAUUUUUCAAAAAAAGAUAAUAUUAUGCCAGGAUAUAAAUCGAGCGAAGAGCCUGAUAAAUCUAAAUCUGAAAAUAAAGUCUGUGUUUUUAAAAGUAAUGGAUCACCUCAAUUUAGUUCUUCAAACAUUCCAGACGAAUUCGACAACGAAAUGAAUGAAAAAAUGAAUGGGUUAUUUUCAAAGGAACGAUUUACGCGUGGUGGUAAUUUUCGAAGCGGUGAUGUUGAGUCUAAUUCUAUGUUUGAGAGUGGUAUAAAUAAACAGAACAGAGUUUACAGUGAAAUGAGUUCUCAGAGAAGUGCUUUUCGAACUGAAAAAACACAGAGGUCAAUUAUUUUGAAUCAGAAAUCUUCAUCGACAUCGACAUUCACUCGACGGCUUCAAAUUGGCCAGAGAACUGUACGUCGAACUUCAAGAUACACUCGUUUUGAUACUCAAGAUGAGUCGCACGAAAAAGAAGCGUCGUCGAGUUCUAACACAGGACUUGUGUUACAAAAUCUGCCGCAGCGUAGAGAAUCAUUUUUGUAUAGACCAGAUACUGAUGUUGAGCUUUCUCCAAUAUCUAGACACUCAUCUAUAGGCAGCGAUGUGAAAAAAAACAAUACCGAGCAAGUUAAAGCAGUAAACUUACAUUGUGAAGAUUUGAUUGUCACACCUUUUGCUCAGAUUCUUGCCAGUUUGAAAAAUGUUAGAAACAACUAUGUCUGCCUUACAGAUGUUUCAGAUAGGGCAAACAGACGACCUUCAAACUCUUCUAAUACUCCCCCGCCUUCAAAGCCUCUUUCUGAUGAUGAAUUUAAUAAAUUGGCCGGUGAAACUUUAGCUGAGCUUGAUUGGUGCUUGGACCAACUAGAAAAUAUUCACACUCACAGAUCAGUGGGUGAUAUGGCUUCGAGCAAGUUUAAGAGAAUGCUUAACAAAGAACUCAGCAUUUUCUCUGAUUCAAAGUCUGGGAGUCAAAUUUCUGAAUAUAUUUGCUCGACAUUUCUUGAUAAGCAACAGGAACUUGAUUUACCUGCUCUUUGGGGAGAUGAAGCUCAAGAUUUUUCAAGACAGUCUAAAACAAGUCAAACAAUGUCACAAAUUUCUGGUGUUAAAAAGCCACUUUGUCAUACUAAUAGCCUUACCAAGCUGCCUAAAUUUGGAGUUGAAACUACAUAUGAAGUGGAGCUUGGAAAAAUGUUAGAAGACACAAAUAGAUGGGGCUUAGACAUUUUUAAAAUAGAUGUUUAUUCAGAACAGCGACCUUUAACAGCAGUUGGACAUAAAAUAUUUAGAGAUCGAGAUUUACUGAAGACUUUCAACAUUCCUUCAAAGACCCUUUUAAAUUUUUUGAUGACUUUGGAGGAUCAUUAUCUCAAAGUGCCAUACCAUAAUAGAAACCAUGCUUGUGAUGUUACACAAUCUGUCCAUGUGUUAUUAUCUUCGCCAGCUUUGGAUUCAGUUUUUACUGAUUUGGAAAUACUUGCUACACUAUUUGCAGCAGCUGUCCAUGAUGUCGACCAUCCAGGUGUUACUAACCAAUAUUUAGUUAACUCGAGUUCUGAGUUAGCUUUGAUGUACAACGAUGAAUCUGUUUUAGAAAAUCAUUCUUUAGCUGUUGGAUUUAAACUUUUACAAGAUGAAAACUGUAACAUUUUUGCGGAGCUAACUAAAAAGCAAAUGCAGACUUUAAGAAAAAUGGCUAUUGACAUGGUUCUCGCUACUGAUAUGUCAAAGCACAUGUCCCUCUUAGCAGACUUAAAGACUAUGGUUGAAACAAAAAAAGUUGCUGGAUCAGGUGUCUUACUGUUAGACAAUUAUACUGAACGAAUUCAAGUUUUACAAAACAUGAUACAUUGUGCAGAUCUCAGCAAUCCUACAAAACCUUUAGAAAUAUAUAGAAGUUGGGUUGAUUUAAUUAUGGAAGAGUUUUUCCAACAAGGAGACAAAGAAAGAGAAUUAGGUCUAGAUAUUAGCCCUAUGUGUGAUAGGCACAAUGCAACUAUUGAAAAAUCACAAGUCGGGUUUAUUGAUUAUAUUGUCCAUCCACUAUGGGAAACAUGGGCUGAUCUAGUGCAUCCUGAUGCUCAGGACAUAUUGGACACUUUAGAAGAAAACCGUGACUGGUAUCAAAAUAUGAUUCCAGUUAGUCCAGAUUCAAAAAAUCAAGAUGAUGAUUCAGAUCGAAACAGCCAUUCAUCUGAACUAGCUGCUGCAGCAGAAAGAAUUCAGUUUCACAUAACAUCAGAAGAUGCAGAUGACGAUGAUGAUGACGAUUUUAGUCAUGAAGAAAGCUGAGGUAGUUGUGAUGCAGUUUUUGGCUAAGCUGCAGCAUAUUUAAUUUGCCUAUACAUUUGCGAUACAAAGCAAAGUCUUAUGCGAAAAGAUUUUUCUCUUUUGCCAAAUGAAAUCUGUGUUAAGAAAUGUCAAUGAAACGAAUGUGAAAAUGUAGAGUUGUAUAUUUCACUGUGCAAAAUGUCUUUGAUUAGCUUUCAUAUUAUUUUUUAAAAACAAAUUACAGCUUUAAAGAUUACUAAUUUUUUAAUUUAGAAAUCAAAGUACUUAUUUUGGAUUAUUUUUUACUGAAAAAUCACAUUUUAAUUAAGCCUAAUAAUAUGAUUUAGAAUAAGUGUUUUAGCAUUUUGAUUUUCUCUUGAUGGUUAGCAAAAAAUUUAAAACAGGAUGAUUUUCACAUGGUAGUAAUUUUUUUAAACAAAUUUCUCAAAAUAUAAUAAUUUCAAGAAUUUUACAAGAAAUGAAAUAUGGAGGAUUUUAAGCUACAUUACUGUUUUAUUUAUUUAAUACUACACUGGUAAUUAAAAUAGAUUGUUUUUAAUUAUGCUCUUUUUAACUGUGUUUUUUACCAUUUUUUAAAAAUUAAAAAUAUGCUGAUUUUCUCAAAAUUAUAAUAUUUUUAGGAUUAAAUUACUUAUGCUUUUAUUAAAAGAAUUAUUAAAGAAGCAUCUUAAACAAAUAUACAUAUAUUUUUUUAAUCGGUGAUGAGUGUUGCGGCAUUUAAUAUUGCAAAUGUAGUUGCAAAAUCAAGACAUUUUCUUCAAUUUAUAGAAACAAACAUGAAGAAUUCUCUUCCUCCAUGGCUUACUUCCUAAAGUUAAGGGUUGCCUGUAUCCAUGUAUAUAAAAUCAUUCAUGCUCAUCUUCGGAAAUUGCAUUGGUAUUUUACAACUUACAGUUUUAUUGUUAAUAUUCAUAUAAGUGACCUUAAUAAUAUGUGUCAGCUCUACAUUGAAUUUUCAUGAUGUAUGACUAAUUUCUGUUUGUUUUAAAAACUACUCAUGUUUGAAUUGUUGUGAGAUGUUUAUUUUUAUAUUCAUAAGAUUUAUAUUGCAUAAUUUCAUGUUGUUAGCAUUCACCUUUGUUGUGAUCCUUCUUGUUUUUUCCUCCAGUCGUUGUGAUUAAAGCACAAAUUAACAUUUAUUUUUUAGUUGUGCAUUAAAUUACCUUUUUAUUAAACCUGAUGAGCAUGAAAUUACUAUUAAAAAUGUGAUUACGCCGUUAAUAAUUUAAUCUAGUCAAUUAGUUUUUAACAUUUUUUUUUCGGUAAUUUUAUUUGCAUUACAAUUAGUUAUACUGUAGUUGAAUUAUGGUUUCUAACAAUGCUUGAGUGCUACUAGAUUAUAGAACUCUUCCUACUUAAAAGUCUUCUGCGGUAUAAUAUGUUAAAGAUUGUUUUUGAGUUAUUCAUUUAAAUUUGCAAAAUUUAUUACUUUUGAUUUUUGUAUUACCAAAAAGUUUCUUAAUUUUAAUUGCUAAAUUAAUUUGGAGUUGUGAGGAAACUGAUGAAAAGUAGAAAAGUCAUUGUUUUCACAGAAAACCUGGUUUCAUUAUUCAUCAAAGAAUCUCAGUUCAGUUUUAGUCAUUUGAAAACUUGCUUUUAUUAAAUAUGCUAACUAAAUUCACCAAGCUAACAACAUUCCGCUCUUUUACCAUAGCAAUAACAUAUAGUUGUAUAUUGAAGGAUCGUCCAGUGCAUAAAAUUAAAUUAAUAUAUUUUAUUCAUAAAUUUUUAUGUCUAUUUUUUAUUGAUUACUUAGUGAUGCAGUUUGUAGCAUUUAUCAUUGUUAAUGUUUAGGAUGUUUGUCAUUUAAAUAUAAAUAUAUAUACAGGGUGACCCAAUGGUCAGUUGACAAUUUUAAAUUCAGUUAUUUCAGAAUAGUGUAUGUGCAGAUAUAAAAACUUAUAUACAUGCUUAAAAUGACAUAAGGUUUUAUAAGACAUUCACGUUGCUACAUUUCAAGUACCAACUUCCAUCCAUUUAUUACUUAAAAUUGCAAUCAUUUGACCUAAUAAAAUAUAUUAAAAGAAGCAAUCUGAUAUUAAUUUUCUCCUAUUUAUAGAUAUUGUUAUUAUUAGAUAUUUAUAGAUAAAUUGUUGAUUUUUCUGGCUUUCAUCCAAAAAAUUUCAUAAUUAUUUAGAGUGGUGGCGAAAGUUAUGCUUUAAUAUAUUAAAAAUUAUUUUGACUACCAAGACACCUGAAUAAUCCAAAGAUGUGUGUUAAAAAAAAACCCAGUUGUGAUGUUUUUAAGUGCUGGUGAUAUUUAUGAAACAUCUAUUCACUUCCUACCACUAUAAAUUUUGAGGAAAGCAAGCAUUUCUAGGUUGGCAGAUCUGUAUGUUUUACAGUACUGUUUCUAUAAUUGUUAUAAAUAUUUCUUGUCAUUGAUUAAAGAACAUUACUGUUGCCUAACAUUGAUAAACUAUUCUGCCAGUUGAUGCUUCUAACUCAACAUAAUUUCUUAGUCAGAUUUAUAUUGUCUUUUCUUUUUAGAAUUGCAUAAUACCCUUAUGUCAUUUUAAGUUUUUGUGUUAAUAUUUAUCACUAUACAUAUUUGUGUUAAUUUUCAUCACUAUAUAUAUUUGUGUCAAUUUGUAUCACUAUAUAUAUUUGUGUUGUUAUAUAUAUUAUACCAUAAAUUGUUGAAUUUUGAAGUGUUGACUGACUUUUGAAUUACGUAUGUGUGUAUAUAUGUAAAUGAAGUUUUUAUCUUGUUGUGUUCCUAGAUCAUCAGAAAGUAUUAUUAUAUUGUGUAUGUAUGUUAAUGUUUAAGGAUGGCAACUUUUUUAUGUUGUGUGUAAACCAAAGAACUGUUUUAAAUGUUGUUUUAUUUAGAACUAUAUGUAAAAGUCUAUAUGCACAUAGAACUGCUUGAAACUAGUUCUAGUCUUCAUUUUUUUCUGAAACACUUGAUUGUUAUUGUUUGUAAAAUUCUAAAACUUAGUACCUAUUGUAUUGUUUAAAAAAGUUCCAGAAUUCAUUAUGAAAUUGGACUACAGACUUCGAUGCUCUGUAGUUUAUGUCUAGUCAUCUGCAAAAUAUUACAUCUAUGUCCAAAGUGUUGUACAUAAGUGAAUAAAUGAUGUUUAAUGUUUAUUGUUUAAUUUUAUUUAAAAGCCCCUAUAAUUAUUUCUGCAUGGGAAAAGUCAAAAGAGAUGAAAUAAAGAUUUUGAUGCUUGUCUCAGAA